AUGUCUCAGCAGUCGAUUGAUUUGUCCCAAUUGCCGCCACAGCAGCUUUUGGAGGUAAGAAAGCAGAUUAAUGAGGAGGUGAAUCACUUUGCUUCGUCCCUUCAGGCAUUACAGGCGGCUCAGGGCAAGCUCCGAGACUGUGUGGACCUGGUGACUAAGAUGAGCGAACUGAAGGGGCUGGAAGUCCUUAUCCCGAUGACUCUGUCGUUAUAUUUACCGGGGACAAUCAAAGACAAAGAUCGUUUCCUUGUCGACAUCGGUACUGGUUACUUCGUCGAAAAGCUGGCUGACGAUGCUAAGAAGGUCUACGAAAAGAAGGUCGACAAGUUGAAUCAAGAUGCACAGAAGUUACGUGAUAUUCUUGUACAGAAGAAUGAGAUGCUCAACAGCGUCAACUUGAUGUUACGGAAUCGUGUGGAGGAGUUCGAGAAGAAGCAGCAAGGGCAAGAGAACCCGAAGACAAGUGUCAAAACUUAA